AUGUCAACAUCAACAUCAACAUCAUCAUCAACAUCCCUUCUCCUCACCAAACUCCCUCGCGAGAUUCGAAGUCUGAUAUGGAUAUUCUGUAUUGGAAACCAAGAUAUCCAUCUCGACUUAGCCCUCGCACCAAACAAGAGGUCGGUCCUAACACAACCACUAUCCAAAAUUGACCCCCUUGCUCUGCUUCUUGUUUGCAAACAAAUAUCCAUUGAAGCCCAACCCGUCCUUUACACAACCUCGACUUUUCAUUUCACAUCUUUGACUGCAACGGCAACACUCACUCAACUCACUCACACCCUGCCCCUUUCCACACUAUGUCUCAUACGCUCCCUCCACCUCACAUACACGCUCCCCACCCUUCCUGUAGCAGAACCUCAUAUCGGGAUGACUGGGUACACUCCACUUUGUGAGAGUUCCAACUGGUUAGCAAUGUGGGGUAUUUUGUGCCCUGCGAAUGAGGACGAAGACGAUGAGUAUGACGUGGGGAAGGAUGAAAGGGAAAAUGAGAGUGACGGCAGGGGAAAGAGUAAGGGCAAGGGUAGAAUGGGUCGUUUGGGGGGAUUGCAGGGAUUGAGAGAUGUGAAAUUAAUUAUCAAGGUGCCAAUUUUGACUGGCCAGAAGGAAGCGUGGAGGGCAAGAGAGAAGGAGAUUCUAAGGGAUGUGAGGACAAUGAAGAGUUUCAAGGGGAGGUUUGUGCUUGUUUUACCUUGGGAGAAACGGGAUUGUCCAGGUACUGAAAGUGGGGAUAAUGGCGGACUGGGAAAAGACAAAGUUGAUUUGAGUAAGGAGGUACGUGAGGAAAUGUGUAAAGGGUGGAAGAUUGAGAGGUUCGUUGGAGAUGCCGAGAAGGGGAAGACUGUGUUUGCUGUUUUUGGAGCGUGGGAUAUGCAGCGGGAAUUGGAGAGGGUUUGGGGGUCGAGAUAUCCAAUAGGUUUGUGAUCAGAAACUAUAGGAGGGAAAAUCAAAAAACUGCAGGCAAUAUGUAGAAAAAUUAUUUCCUGGGCAUUUGAAGC